CUGUGUCCCUUGGACACAGCGGAUCACCGAUCAUGGAAAGAGCCGAAGAUGUUGGCUCGAUCAUGUGAUCAAGCUGUGUCCAAUCACAGCUUAUCACAUGGGACAUGUACACUGAUCAUAAGGGAACUGAUGAUCAGUGUGCCCUGAUGAUCAGUGUGGCCCCAGCAGUGCCAGCUGUCAGUGCCCAUCAGUGCCACGUGCCAGUGCUCAUCAGUGCCUCGUGCCUCGUGCCAGUGCCCAUCAGUGCCAUAUCAGUGCCACAUAUCAGUGCCUACCAGUGCACAUCAAUGCCACAUAUCAGUGCCCAUCUGAGCUGCCUUUCAGUGUCACCCAUCAGUGCCAGUCAGUGCCACCUAUCAAUGCCAAUCAGUGCCACCUAUCAAUGCUGCCAAUCAGUGCCACCUAUCAGUGUCAGUCAG